AUGUCCGAGGACUUGGACUCGAUCAGCGAGGAAGAACGAAGCUUGUUCCGACCUUUUACACGCGAGUCACUUGCCGCUAUCGAAGCCCGCAUAGCUGAGGAGCAUGCUAAGCAAAAGGAACUCGAGAAGAAGCGAGCGGAAGGCGAGAACGAUUUGGGGCGGACGAAAAAGAAAAAAGAAGUGCGUUAUGAUGACGAGGACGAGGAUGAAGGUCCUCAGCCAGACGCCACCCUGGAGCAGGGCCUCCCACUGCCGGUGCGAAUGCAGGGUUCCUUUCCUCUGGAGCUCGCUUCGACACCACUCGAGGACAUCGAUCCUUUCUACCACAACCAGACAACAUUCGUAGUGAUAAGCAAGGGCAAAGAUAUCUUCAGAUUUUCGGCAACCGACGCUUUAUGGAUACUGGAUCCUUUUAACCCCAUAAGAAGAGUGGCAAUAUACAUAUUGGUUCACCCGCUAUUCUCUCUGUUCAUUAUAACAACGAUAUUAGUCAACUGUAUAUUAAUGAUAAUGCCUACCACGCCCACAGUCGAAAGUACUGAAGUUAUCUUUACCGGGAUCUACACGUUUGAAUCGGCGGUGAAAGUAAUGGCCAGGGGUUUUAUACUACAGCCAUUCACAUACCUUAGAGAUGCAUGGAAUUGGCUUGACUUCGUAGUUAUAGCUUUAGCUUAUGUGACGAUGGGCAUAGAUCUCGGCAACUUGGCCGCGCUCAGAACGUUCAGAGUUUUGCGAGCGUUGAAGACUGUGGCCAUCGUACCGGGAUUGAAGACUAUCGUGGGAGCGGUAAUAGAGUCGGUGAAAAAUCUGCGCGACGUGAUCAUAUUGACUAUGUUCUCGCUAUCUGUAUUUGCGCUAAUGGGUCUGCAAAUAUACAUGGGGGUAUUGACACAGAAAUGCAUCAAAGUAUUCCCGGAGGACGGCAGCUGGGGCAACCUUACCGAUGAGAACUGGGAGAGAUUCUGUCAGAACGAAACGAACUGGUACGAAGAAGGUGGGGAAUAUCCGUUGUGUGGAAAUUCAUCAGGGGCAGGACAAUGUGAGCCUGGUUACGUGUGUCUGCAAGGAUAUGGUCCAAAUCCCAACUACGGCUACACAAGUUUCGACACCUUUGGUUGGGCUUUCUUGUCCGCUUUCCGGCUCAUGACUCAGGACUACUGGGAGAAUCUGUAUCAAUUGGUUUUACGGUCAGCCGGCUCUUGGCACGUUUUGUUCUUCGUAGUUAUCAUCUUCUUGGGCUCAUUCUAUCUCGUCAACCUGAUCUUGGCCAUCGUCGCCAUGUCGUACGAUGAGUUACAGAAAAAAGCGGAGGAAGAAGAGCAGGCCGAAGAAGAAGCGCUCAGAGAAGCCGAGCAAAAGGCAGCGGCGAGGGCGGACAAGCAGGAGGCGAGGGAGGCGCACGCUCGGGAGCAGGCCGCGGCGGCGGAGGCGGCCGCGUACGCUGAGGCGCACCCCGCCAAGUCGCCCAGCGACUUCUCCUGCCAAAGCUACGAGCUGUUCGUGAACCAGGAGCGCGGGAACCAGGACGACAAUACGCGCGAGCGCAUGUCCCUCCGUAGCGACCCCUUCCAGGACUCGGUGAGCACUCAGCCCGCGCACAAGCCCACCGCCGAACCGCACCACGAACCGGCACGCCGCCAGAGGAAGGUCAGCAUGGUUCCCCACCCUGAACGCAUAAAUAAAUACGGGCAGUUACCGUAUGGGCCACUGCGGGAGGGCUCACAGGCAUCAUUAUCUCUACCCGGAUCGCCGUUCAAUUUGCGUCGGGGCUCACGGGGCUCGCACCAGAUGGCACUUAGGCCGAAUGGAAGGUCCCGCUACCCACCUGGGGCCGAUCGGAAACCUCUCGUGCUAUCAACGUAUCUCGACGCACAGGAGCACCUUCCGUACGCCGACGACUCCAACGCUGUUACACCUAUGUCCGAGGAAAAUGGUGCUAUUAUAAUACCAGUUUAUUACGCUAAUUUAGGCUCAAGGCAUUCCUCGUAUACAUCACAUCAGUCAAGACUGUCUUACACGUCCCACGGUGAUUUGCUCGGGGGUAAGGCCCAGACUAAAGAGGCUCGUCUCAGGAACCGAUCGGCGUCCAGGAAUCACAGCGUCACGUCUCAGCCGCACGCCUACGCUUUACCACGGCCUGAUUCCUCGAUCGCUUCACGGCCAGUUAGAGAAUAUGACAUGAGCACAACAGAGAGCACCGAUGAAGCGGGAAAAGUGUUGAAGCAAUCUAACGACAAUCCAUUCAUUGAAUCGUCACAGCAGCCCAACGUUGUUGAUAUGAGAGCGGAAGACGAUGAGGAUGGGCCUACAUUUAAAGAGAGACUCCUCGAGUGCCUUAUGAAAGGGAUAGACUUCUUCUGCGUGUGGGACUGCUGUUGGUUGUGGCUCGAGUUUCAGAAGUACGUCGCUCUGUUGGUAUUUGAUCCCUUCGUCGAGCUGUUUAUCACUCUUUGCAUCGUCGUUAACACGCUGUUUAUGGCACUCGACCAUCAUGAUAUGGACAAGGACAUGGAAAAAGCCCUUAAGAGCGGAAAUUAUUUCUUCACUGCAACAUUCGGAAUAGAAGCCAUGUUAAAACUAAUAGCCAUGAGCCCAAAGUACUAUUUUCAAGAAGGAUGGAACAUUUUUGACUUUAUCAUCGUGGCCUUGUCAUUACUUGAAUUGGGACUGGAAGGUGUUCAGGGUUUGUCUGUUUUGCGUUCAUUUCGAUUGCUGCGUGUAUUUAAACUGGCUAAGUCUUGGCCGGCGCUAAACCUUAUAAUAUCCAUAAUGGGUAGGACCGUGGGCGCUUUAGGGAACUUGACCUUUGUACUUUGCAUCAUUAUAUUCAUAUUCGCGGUGAUGGGGAUGCAGUUAUUUGGGAAGAACUAUACAGAUUACGUGGACCGUUUCCCCGACGGUGACCUUCCCCGAUGGAAUUUUACGGACUUCAUGCACAGUUUCAUGAUUGUGUUCCGCGUACUGUGCGGGGAGUGGAUUGAAAGUAUGUGGGACUGCAUGUUGGUAGGUGACGUCUCAUGCAUUCCCUUCUUCUUGGCGACUGUUGUCAUCGGCAACCUUGUGGUACUCAACCUUUUCUUGGCCCUGUUACUGUCCAAUUUUGGCUCUUCGAGUCUGUCCACGCCUACUGCCGACCAGGACACGAACAAGAUCGCGGAAGCCUUCAACAGGAUAUCGAGAUUCAUAGACUGGGUUAAACGCACUGUUGCCGAUAUUCUUAAGCUCCUGAAGAACAAGCUCACAAACCAAAUAGCCAUACACGCGCCCGAGCGGGUCGACAACGAAUUGGAAUUAGGUGCCGACAUUGAAGACGGCGUCUUAUACAAGGACAAGAAAUUGAAGGAUCAAGUCGAAGUAGCAAUCGGCGAUGGAAUGGAGUUUACCAUACCAGGUGACAACAAAUAUAAGAAAGGAAAGAUAUUAAUCAAUAAUAUUAAUGCGAUAACAGACAAUCAUACAGAUAAUCGUAUCAAUUGUGAGCUGAACCAUCAUGGAUACCCAAUACAGGAUGAUGACACGAUUAGUCAAAAAUCCUAUGGGAGUCAUAAGAUAAGAUCUUUCAAGGAUGAAAGCCAUAAAGGAUCAGCGGACACGAUAGACGGAGAGGAGAAAAAAGACGCGAGCAAAGAGGAGCUAGGUUUGGAAGAAGAAAUGGUGGAAGAGGAAGAGGAUGGCAAAUUAGACGGCCUUGGGAAACAUGACAUUAUAGUGGCUGCUGAUGAAGACGUCGUUGACGACACUCCAGCCGACUGCUGUCCUGAGCCAUGCUAUCAGCGUUUCCCUUUCUUGGCUGGUGACGACGAAUCGCCUUUUUGGCAGGGUUGGGCAAUGCUCCGCUUAAAGACAUUCAGACUUAUAGAAAAUACGUAUUUUGAAACCGCUGUCAUAACAAUGAUCUUAUUGAGCAGCUUAGCUUUGGCUUUGGAAGACGUCCAUCUACCACACCGACCCAUUCUUCAAGAUAUCCUGUACUACAUGGACCGUAUAUUCACUGUCAUAUUCUUUAUUGAAAUGUUGAUAAAGUGGCUUGCGCUUGGUUUCCAGAAAUAUUUUACUAAUGCUUGGUGCUGGCUUGAUUUCAUCAUCGUUAUGGUCUCGCUUAUAAACUUCGUAGCGGCGCUUUGUGGCGCCGGUGGCAUUCAGGCGUUCAAAACGAUGCGAACGCUUCGCGCGCUACGUCCGCUCAGGGCAAUGAGCCGCAUGCAGGGCAUGAGGGUGGUAGUGAACGCGCUAGUGCAGGCUAUACCAUCCAUCUUCAACGUGCUACUUGUGUGUCUGAUAUUCUGGCUAAUCUUUGCGAUAAUGGGCGUACAACUUUUCGCUGGCAAAUAUUUUAAGUGCGUGGACCUAAACCAUACGACUUUGAGUCACGAGAUUAUACCGGAUAGGAACGCGUGCAUACUAGAGAAUUACACUUGGGAAAAUUCCCCUAUGAACUUCGAUCACGUUGGCAAGGCAUAUCUGUGCCUAUUCCAAGUGGCCACUUUCAAAGGAUGGAUACAGAUUAUGAACGACGCAAUAGACUCCCGAGAGGUGGGCCGACAACCGAUUAGAGAAACCAACAUUUACAUGUAUUUGUAUUUCGUUUUCUUCAUUAUAUUUGGCUCAUUCUUCACUCUGAAUCUGUUCAUCGGUGUGAUCAUCGACAACUUUAAUGAGCAGAAGAAGAAAGCUGGUGGUAGCUUGGAGAUGUUCAUGACUGAGGACCAGAAGAAAUAUUACAAUGCCAUGAAAAAGAUGGGCUCGAAGAAACCAUUGAAAGCGAUUCCGAGACCAAAGUGGAGACCGCAAGCGAUCGUGUUCGAGAUAGUGACGGAUAAGAAGUUCGACAUGAUUAUUAUGUUAUUUAUCGGUCUUAAUAUGCUGACUAUGACCCUGGACCAUUAUCAGCAGUCGGACACUUUCAGUGCCGUCCUCGACUACCUGAAUAUGAUUUUCAUUGUCAUAUUCAGCUCCGAGUGCCUUUUGAAGAUAUUCGCCUUGCGCUACCAUUACUUCGUUGAACCUUGGAACCUCUUUGACUUCGUCGUUGUCAUGUUCUCAAUUUUAAGUUUGGUUCUGAGUGAUAUUAUAGAGAAAUACUUUGUAUCCCCUACUCUUUUGAGAGUUGUAAGGGUAGCGAAGGUUGGUCGAGUGCUGCGACUUGUGAAGGGAGCCAAGGGUAUCCGGACGCUGCUAUUUGCCUUGGCUAUGUCCCUACCAGCUUUGUUCAACAUAUGUCUGCUCCUCUUUCUGGUCAUGUUCAUUUUUGCAAUAUUUGGAAUGUCAUUCUUCAUGCAUGUUAAAAACAAAGGUGGCCUUGACGAUGUUUACAACUUCAAGACUUUCGUGCAGAGUAUGAUCCUACUAUUUCAGAUGUCAACAUCCGCCGGCUGGGACGGUGUACUAGAUGGUAUCAUCAAUGAGGAAGAGUGCGAUUUACCAGACAAUGAACGUGGCUCUCCUGGAAACUGUGGUUCAGCCACAAUAGGCAUCACCUAUUUGCUGUCCUAUUUAGUAAUUUCUUUCCUCAUUGUCAUCAACAUGUACAUCGCCGUUAUCCUCGAAAAUUAUUCACAGGCGACAGAGGAUGUUCAAGAGGGCCUCACUGACGACGACUACGACAUGUACUACGAGAUAUGGCAGCGGUUCGAUCCCGAUGGUACUCAAUAUAUCCGAUACGACCAACUGUCAGAUUUCUUGGAUGUUCUCGAGCCGCCGUUGCAGAUUCACAAGCCGAAUAAGUACAAAAUAAUAUCCAUGGACAUACCAAUAUGUCGGGGCGACAUGAUGUUCUGCGUGGACAUUCUGGACGCUCUGACAAAGGACUUCUUCGCAAGAAAGGGCAAUCCAAUCGAGGAGACGGGAGACUUGGAGGUCGGGCGGCCGGAUGAAGCUGGAUACGAGCCGGUAUCGUCCACGUUGUGGCGGCAACGCGAGGAGUACUGCGCGAGGCUGAUUCAGCACGCGUGGCGCAGGCACCGGCGAGCGCACGACGAGCCGGAGAUCGGGGGCGAUGGGAGCGUGGGCGGCGCGGGCAGCGACGGCGGCGCGGGGGGAGACGGUAGCGUGGGGGGCGAGGGUGCCCCUACGGCGGUGCUGUUGGACGGCGUGACUGGCAACGGGCACCGCGUGGUGCUGCAGGCGGGCGGUGCGGCACCGCGACCGCCGGAGCCCGCGCCGCCGCCCGCGCCCGUC